AUGGUGGGUAACCUAAAGUCAUUCCUGUAUAAAAAAUUACCAAGUGUUGAAGGACUCCAUGCUGUCGUUGUGUCAGAUAGAGAUGGAGUGCCUGCUGUUGACGUGGCCAAUGAUAUUGCUCCAGAGCAUGCUUUGAGACCUGGUUGCUUACCUACUUUUGCCCUUGCAACAGUCCAAGGAAGCAAACUCGGACUUUCAAAAAAUAAACAUAUCAGCUGUUACGGUAACACCCACCAGGUGGUUCAAUUCAAUCGUUUACCUUUGGUGGUGAGUUUCACAGCCAGCAGCAAUGCCAACCCAGGACUCGCUGUCAGCCUAGAAAGGGAGCUUCUCUGUUAUUUGAAGAAUUGA